UACAUGCGAAGAGAUGUUGGGGCUUGCGGCCUAUGGGAGCAGCAGUGAAGAUGAAGCUGACCCCAAUCCAAUUUCCACCAAGACUAAGCAAGGAAAAAAGGGACAUCUUGCUCGGACCCCACAGGCAACUCAAAAUCGCAGUACCUGAGAAAGAAACAAUAUUAGAGCAUGCUUCCAUGCCAGAUUCUGACAGACCUAUCUUCGGUCCAUCGCAUGAGAGCCCUUACGAUGCACAAAAAUUCGCACCGAAUCACUAUAUGACACUGUCGGCAUCUCGUACUAUAAUUCAUGAUUUAACACUUCCCCCUGUCCCGGAUUUAGACAUCCCUCCAUCACCUCCAAGCUCGCCUGACCCCUCCGCAGAUGCAAAGUUUGCCCAUUUCUUGUCUUUGAAGAAACAGGGUGUCCACUUUAACGAAAAGCUUUCGGGUUCUGCGUCCUUGAGAAAUCCCAGUUUGUUGAAAGCGAUGAUGAACCAUGCAGGAAUUGAUAAUCAGGAACAAUAUCAGGCUUCACUUCCAUUAGCAAUAUGGAAUGCGCCAGGCUUACCAAGUUGGGGGUUCACGGAAGUAAUCAGACAGGCACAACGAGACAUCCAGGGCACGAUGGACGAGAGGAGGUCAGUACGACGACGAGAGGAGAUACCCUUUGUGGCUGCCACAUCUUCCUUACCAUAAGAAGAUCCACUUUUUCAAAAGUCCUAAGGAUGAAGACUCACAACGUGCAUAAAGCUGUAAAGUUGCAGCAUUUGGCAUAGAAAACAAUGGAAAUAUGGGAUUACACGGGUAUUCUAGU